AUGGCCGACUUCUCAUCCUUUCUAUCACACCUCACAGACGCCGUCUCGGCGGCAUGGCCAGACCGCUUUUCGACACGGUACAGGAAGGUUAAGGUCCUGCUCAUGACCUGGGACAAGGAUGAUCUUGGCGUCGAGACCGAAGUAAGAAACCUGGAAUCAGUAUUCAGGGGUUUGUACCAUUACGACACCGAGUAUUGGAAGAUCCCAUCAAGGCGUUCGGCCGUUGAAGUAUCCCGGAAGGUUGCCGACUUGGUCGAUGCUCACGGCCAGGAAGGGAAUCUCCUUAUCCUGUACUAUGGUGGGCACGCCCGCGCAAGCGAGCAGCCCGGUGGUAGCCCCGUAUGGGCAGCUAACCGGAGCCGAGACUCGCCCACAGUACAGUCAUCUAUUCUGCACUCGUUCCUCGGGGAGAUUGACUGCGAUGUCCUACUCCUGCAUGACUGCCUCCACGCCUACGAAGCCAGGGACACAUUUAUCGGGAGUGGAGUAGUUGAGACUCUGGCAGCAGGGGGUGUCGACGUGAGCCAGAGUGAAGGGGACAACGAUUCGUUUACUGCCUCUCUUGUUCAGGAGCUCGCCCACGCCGCCCACACCACCGACUGGCUCUCCAUGGUCGAACUUCACAGAAGGCUCAUCAACCGACUGCAAGUCUGGACACCGAACAUCUCGUUUACCGACGACUCCUACUCCAUCGUCCAGGUGGACCGCCGCACCGGACAGCCGAUGUUUGAACGACCCCGUCGGCGAACCCCCGUCCAUUCGUUCCUCUCAAGGAAACCCAAGACGAUCGUCCUCACCCCUCUUCCGCCUCGGAGCCAAAGUCAAUCCGAAGAAUCUCUCAUCCAGCUCAACCCCCCGACCGGCAACACCGACAUUAUCACGGAAGGACCCGGGAUCCUGCUUACCUGCCGUCUCCGAGACCAACACAUCGACGCCGAGAAAUGGAGGCAGUGGCUGCUGGACGUUCCGGAGGGGGCCAAGAAUAUCCAGAUUUCCGCCGUCUUCCCCAGCUUCGGGACGGUGCUGCUUCUUGAGCUACCGCUGGCAGUCUGGGAUCUUCUGCCAUCGUCACCUGCCAUCUCGUUUAUUGCCUACACCACGGGCGGCAACCACAUCUCCGAGUUCCGCCGCGCAUUGCUAGGGUCGGAUGUGGACGAGCUCGAGAAUACUUUCGUGGAGCAGUCGGCUGACGAGGAUGACUCGGACACAGGGAGGUCUGAGGGGCGAAGCAGCCACAGGGGCAGGCGGUCCGGUAAAGAGGCGAGAGAGACGUAUGUCGCCCCGUCUCUUUGGCCGAAGGCAUUCGAGCAUAAUCAUGGCGCAAUCGAUGCCGCCAACAAUAUGCCGUACUGUCUGACGUUGGCCGAAAUGCAAGGGGAUGAUAAGACGAGCAAAGCGGAGAGGAUUAUUCGCGCUUUUGUGCAAGACGCCGACAGCCCACCCAUCCGGUACAUCUACGACGAGAUCCGGGACUUUUGCGCGCCGGCGAACUUUGAAGCCCUAUCAACUGGCCAGGAUGUCGGGUCUGAAGCGGUUGCCAUCUUCGAUGAGCCGUCACCGACGAGUCCCCAUUCCUCCAUGAACGGCAUGCGGUUCCUUGACCAAGGCCAGCUUUAUGAAGCUUUGGCAGCGAGGCCAGUGCCUCAACUGAUUGACACCGAGGCGAAGGAUGACGAUUUGCCUCACAAGAAGCGCUCAGUACAUGUGGGAUUCCAGUCCGGCAUGGAUGUAAAGCUCCAGCCUGGAAACCAGGGCUUUCAGCUCUCAUUCCACCUGCCUUUCUUUGCAUGGAGGCAGGGUAGCAGCCCGUCACUCGACACCCGCUAUGGCAGCAACGGGCCGCUGAGGGGCUCGAAAGAAGUAGGCUUUCUGAACCAAUCCCGCGGCACCCAAACAUACCUCCAUGAGGCCCAGAUCUCAUGCAUGAUCGUGGGUGUCGACAACCGCCAUUGGACAGCGUACGGCUUCUUUGACACGUACCACGACGGCGGUGAGAGUAGGCAUGACGUCCGGUAUUACCAGUCGACGCAAGGAGGGGCUGUCAUGGAUCCACUGACUUGCGGCCGCCACAUGGCUGACAGCACCGUGCCGGACGCGAGGGAGUAUUUCUUGACAGUGAUGGAGUCUUGUGUGUUGGAGGUGAAGGGGGAGUGGGAGAAUGCUGGGCGGCAGGUUCUGAAGGAUGUGAAAGCCCAUGCGACGAAAGGCAACAACCGCCGCGCACAACGGGCCUCUGACGAGGCGAUGGGAAUACUCGAGCAACUCACCCAGGGCUUGGCGGGUACAAUCUCGGCUUGGGAUCGGUUUAGAGAGACCGACCUCGCCUACUUCGACCUUGACAACGCACCGGCAGAGGCGCCAUCCCCAAUCCGCAAUAUCGAAAGCGCCAUCCACGACCUACGCGCCCUGCAGUCUUCUCUGAUCCAGAAAACAUCCGCACUCCAGUCCCUCACCAGUCGUCGGCUGUCCGCCCCAUCCCCUCCUCCCGCCGAACCCUCAUCCCCGGCUACUACCACUUUCCAUCCCCCAAUUUAG